CGCAGUUGUCAACAUGUCGCAUUAACCGGUAACUCUCCGGUAACUAACCGGGUUUAACCGGGCUAACGGACGGACAGCGGGGCUCAGUUUUGGCGGGAGAAUGGAGACGUUCAGCAAGAUAACGAGCAUGCUGCUGCACGCGCUGGAGACGAGGGAACCUACAGUGGAUCUCUUGAACUCUUUUGUGGAUCACUGGAAAUCAAUAACUAAUUAUUACAUCGAGACGACAGAUGACAGUCGUCCGGUGAAACAGACAGAGAUACCCUGGCGUCUCAAACAGAUGUUGGAUAUCCUGGUGUACGAGGAGAAACAGCAGGGUGUGGAGGAGACCGGCUCCUGUCUGGAAUAUCUACUGCAACACAAACUGUUAGAGACUCUGUGCACACUGGGAAAAGCUCAGUAUCCUCCUGGCAUGUGUCAGCAGGUCUUGUUGUUCUUCUCUAAGUUUUUGUCUCAGAUGCAAAAAUCUCUGCUGCAGCUGAUCAACGUUUAUAGACCUUUACAGAAGCUGAUUCGUCUCUGUGCACUUCCUGGCUCCAAAUCCGAGAAGGAGGAAGCUCAGUUCUUAUUGGUCGUCUGCUCCAGAGUCAAACAGGAUCCAUACGUGCUCCGAUACGUCUUAGAGCUUCUGGACCAACCAGCAGUGAGGACGCCAACCUCUGACCAAUCACAGGCCUCCAAUCACGGAGCAGAGUCACCACUGCCUUCCAGCCAAUCAGAUUCAUGUGCCUCCAGCCCGGUCCAAUCAGAAGAUUCUACCUGCAGCCCCGUCCAAUCGGAAGCUUCCAACUGCAGCCCUGUCCAAUCAGAGUCCGGCCUGCUGUCGUGUCUGCUACAGCUCACUAAGAGUCAGAGGGGCUCGGUGUGUCUGAAGGCCUAUCAGAGCCUCCUGCUGCUGGCGGGGCUCCAGUCUGGAUCUUCAGGGGAGAUUCUGGCUCAUCAGACCCAGCUGGGAGAGCUGCUGGCUGGACGGCUGGUGGAGCUUUUCCUGCUGCCUCUGGAGAGUCUGGAUCCUACAGAGCUGCAGAGCUGGCCUCACACAGCCUGGAGCUCCCAGUUCUCCCGCUGCAGUUCAGAGUCUCCUGCUGCUGAUCACAUGACCAACUUCUUCUGCUGGCUCGACUUCCUGGAUCACCUGAUGAGAGAAGCUCCACAGGUGUUAGCGGUACAGGUAGCUCGGUAUCAUCAGUGCUGGUUGGUGGACGUCGUUCAGCCUCAGCUGCAGAACACGUGUGAGCAGGUGGUCCUCCUGUCCUCCUCCGUCCUCUGCGCCUCCGUCAGACUCGUCCAGUCAGUGAAUCUCCUGGAUCAGCUGAUCAGUUUCCUGCUGAGACGAACACACUGACACAUGCUGCUGCAGCGCUGUGACCACAUCUCUGACCAGAUCAGCAUGGUGUCUCUGUCUCUGGUGGAGGAGUUACUACAGAAGCCUCACAGGGACAUUUUGGACACGCUGGUCCUGAGGAACCUGCAGAGUCGUAGUUACCUGUCUCCGCCUGCCACCGGUCAGGACGACAGGCACACAGAGAGCAACGAGGACAGCGAUGAUCUGGAGGAGGACCUGUUCUUCUUCUCUGACGGUCAGCCUCCUCCUCUCUGCUCCUCCUCUCCUCCUCCUCCUCUCUCUCCUCCUUUCUCUGCACACGGAUCAGCUGCUGAUGUCGUCAACAGCUUCCUGUGUCUGGUUCCUGUUCAGGUGAGAUCGGCUCAGCUGCUGCAGGAGGGAGGAUACGAGUCGUACGUGCACGACGCUUCACACUCUGGUCAGAGCACACACACACACACACACACACACAUUUGCUCUUCCUUCUCUCCGACAUUACAUCAGGUGACAGAGUGUCAGACUCUGUCUCAGUCGUGGGAUUGGCCGCUCAGUCUUCCUCCUUCCUCAUCAUCAUCAUCAUCAGGAGAAGAGAGCGACUUCUUUGAAGGUCAACUCCUCAAAGUUCUGUUUGACCGACUGGGACGAAUCCUGGAGCAGCCGUAUGAGUUGAACCUGAAGCUGACAGCAGUUCUGUCCAGACUGUCGUCCUUCGACCACGUGCUGCUCCACGAGUACCUGCUGAACCCCUACAUACACCUGUCUCACGGCUCCAGGUCGCUCUUCUCUGUCCUCAUCAGGGUGAUAGGAGAGCUGAUGCAGAGGAUCCAGCAUGUUUCCAACCUGACAGACAAACUGUUGGACACCAGGAGACACCUGCUGGGACUGAACCACAACACCGGACUGGAGCACCUGACUCUGCUGAGAGGAGUCAUCGUCCUGGAGGAGUUCUGUAAGGAGCUCGCUGCCAUCGUCUUCGUCAAGCUUCCCCUGGACCAGCACUGACUCACCUGGACCAGAACUGACUCACCUGGACCAGCACUUUCUCAGUAACUUUGGGCAGGUGCACAUUGACAGUUGGGGGAAGAUCUGCACCCUGAGAACACUUUGAUGGCACAGCUGAGACCGCCACACCUGGGUCAGGUGAAUAAACAGUUUGUGUUUCCACCUGGACUCUCAGAGGAAAUGUUGUUGGUGUUUUUUUCCAAACCCGAAGUUUCAAUGUUUCCAUCUGAGAACCUGAUUGAAGCCCGUUUCACCUGCAGCGUUUCUGCAGUGACCCUGAACGCCUCACAUCAGUCACAGAACAAUGGAUUAUUUUAUUUUAAAGAUUUAAUUUAUAUUUUGUCUGGCAUAGAAACCUUUUUAUUUUAGCAGUAAACAUGGGAGGGGGGGGUGUGACAUGCAGCAAAGGACCUCCGACGGGGAUUCGAACCGGGGUCGGCUGCGUAUAUGGCAUGCGCUCUAACCACUCGACCACCUGCGCACCCGCUUUUUGUGCUUUUAUUUUAUCAGAGAGAGAGAGAGGCUUCGUUGCUGGAAUUGAACCAGGGACGCUGCCUUUUAUGUGGCAUGCACCUUAACCACUCAGCUACCCGACGCUCCCUUGGUUAUUUUAUUUCAGUUUUAGAUUUUAUUAUGAAGCGAAGAAAGAGAACAGAAACCUUUGCGUUGAUAAUCAGCCAAUCAGAAAGUGCGACAGGGAGCCAGAGACUCAGGUAGGCGGAGCUGCAGAGCAGGUGCUGGUGUUUAAAGAUGCUGAUUGGAUGAUAACAGAGAGGUGGAGCAUCAUCAGUGUUUUUAUAUUCUUGCCUUUAACACUUUAUUUAAAACAUUUGUCCUGUUACAUCCUACAAGCUUCACUCUGCCUCAUUUUAACUUUACUUCACAACCAACAAACACAAGAACUCUACUUCUGUUCUCCCUCCCUCCAGUAGGGGGCAACAGUGAUUUCAGCAGUGACUUAGAACCAUGAAUCUGGAGCAGGCGGGGAGCUCCGGACCUCUGCAAUGAGGCCAAUGCGGAAGUAACUUAAAACUGCAUUCUAUCAAAAGGCCACCAGGGGGCGACCGUUUUGGUGUCAAAAGGACUUCCGUCUCUAUACAAGUCAAUGGAGAAUUCACCAACUUCUCACUUGAUUUCUAACCUCAGUAAACGUUUUCAAAAUGUGUUUAUGGUCUCAAUCGCUAGUUUAAAGCCUUCUUCAAUGCAGUAUGAUGUUCAUUUGGGACAUUUUGGCCUCCCUGAUUUUAUAUGUGACGAUAAAGCAGGGUAUGCAUUAGGGCGUGGCUACGUGGUGAUUGACAGGUUGAUUGGUUCACAGGUUCAGGAGGGCGCCUCAUGCUCCUCCUGAUGCCCAUAUAAGUAGAAUCCCUGUUUUUAUUUUUCCCAGCAUGCACCUGAAAUUUUCAAGAUGGCGCUGCUCAGAUCCGAUACUAUUGAACUCCGAGCAGCAGUCCACAAACCAAUGGGUGACGUCACGGAUGUUACGUCCAUUAUAUCUACAGUCUAUGAUCUGGAGACCUAAAAGUUUAUCAGUGUGUCAGAGAUCCCGAUCCAAUCCCAAACCCAGUCACAUUCACAGCUGUGGAGGCACUUCUGAUGAAAGGGAGGGGGGGGUAAAUGGAUGGGCAGGAAGCAACAGUCACCAUGGCGACAGAUUGACGCCCUGCUUCCUCAGCUGUUUUGCUAUUUCACACUUAACGAAGCCUCGUCUUCAACUGUCCCUGUGAACACAUAACAUGUGAAACCAUGAGAGUGAGAUAUGAAUGUUCCUGUAUGUAGACUGUGCUGCACUCAGGCAUCUGUGAGUCCAGAGACUUCAGGGACAAAGUGAUAUUCUCCUCAUUUAGUUUUUCACACCACAUUCUGAGGUUUAGUUUGAGACUGAAGUUUGGACAAUAAUCUGAGAUAAACGGAGUAAACUGAGAUCAUGGAGGUAGUGAUUAAUCAAUAAGUACAUUUCAUUCUGGAUUUAAAUUCAAUCAAAUACAUUUGAAGCUCACAUGAUAAAAUGAUUUCUACUGUUUCUACUUCCUGAUGAAGCAGCAGCGACACUGUUCAUGUUGUUCUGAGUCAGUUUUACUGUUAUUUCUUAUUAUUGACCCAAACUAAAGCCUGUUAUAAUCUGCUCUGUUUAAACUGACAGUAAGAACUUGUUAAUGGUCUGAAUGUCGUUUGUAGCAGAAACAAUAAAUCAGUGAAAGUUUGUGAAGCUUGUCGUGUGUCACACUGGCUCACAGUAACACACUGAUGUUUAGUGUGUAUGUACAUAUUUAAAAUGUGAAAAAGAUUUGAUUUGAUUGUUUUGAGGUGAAGAGUUCAUUUUAAAUAUUUAAGUGCAAUUCAACAAGUUUUGUUCCCAAA